AUGGUCACGGACAAAGUGCCAGAGGCACAUAUUCCAACGACUCGUGCUUUGGAUGGUUCGCGACACAGAUACUUAAAAAAGCGGUCGAAGUUCUGUGUGGACCUGGUGGAAAUGUUGAAGGACUUUUUGAACAAUCCGCCAGAACCAGUAUCUGUGUUCGAGAGCAUGAACGCCGCAGUGUCCGAAGAUGAAGUUCGCUUUGCCUUCUUUGAGGCAUCCAACAUGCAGGCCGCCACGGAGUACAUGGCAGGAAGUGAAAGGAUCAUCUUGAUCUCCGAUUGCACGUACCAGACGAACCAUCAAAGAUUGGUUCUUGGAAGUUUGGGACUUGCAGUACUUCAUAGAGACGACCAUGGAAAGGUGAGAUGUCGGUUCUGGCCUGUGAUGUUCAGUGUCUCUGAAGCUGAAGAUGAGAGUGCGUAUGAUCUCUUGUGCAAGGCUUUCAUUGACAAGACGGGUGUGAAUCCGGGAAAGGUAAGCAACAUUUUCCUCGACGGCCACGCAGGUGCGUUUGCAGCCAUGCAGCGCCAGUUCCCAGGUGCAUGCAUCCACCGGGAUUUGCAACAUGUGAAGAAGAACAUUAAGGACAAUGCCGGCAAACUGCAAGACACCAACUUGAGAACUUACAUCACCGACGUGGUCGAGUUUUCAGCGAAGCUUUCGCAACCCAGUGAAUUUCAUACCGUCUGGAAAGACACCCUGGGUCGGCUUCGCAACAAGUGGCACGAGGAGUGUGGUUCGAAAGAUAGACUGGUCUAA